UUGUGCAUAUCGGGGCGGGUAUGAAGAUUGAGUGGCAGCUCGCGGAGGGAGCCGGAGGUGUUGGCUAAGAUGGCGUCGGAGGGUGAUUUGGGAAGGAAGUGGGACCGGUGCUUAGCUGACUCUGCUGUCAAGCUGGGUGCUGGUUUGGGCCUGGGUGUGGUCUUUUCGGUCAUCUUCUUCAAAAGGAAGACGUGGCCCAUCAUUUUAGGAUCGGGGAUGGGAUUAGGAAUGGCGUAUUCAAAUUGUCAACACGACUUCCAGUCUCCCUACCUUCUCCAUGGGAGAUUUGUCAAGCAGGAUCAAUGACAGGGAGCUGACAGACACCUGUGUGGCAGAGGAGUAGAGACACCUCGGUUAUCCCUCGGGAAGAUUGAAGCAUCCUGACCAUGAGACGGCGCUCUUUAGAAAUGCUUGCCUGUCGCUCCUUUUUUUUUUUUAUGCAGUGACCUGUUUGAUGCCUGAAACCAAAUUUCAUUUUUAUAUCUAUCUACUGGAAAUGGUGGGGAAGGUGCUGUUCUGGGAAAUAAAAUAAAAAUGAGAGAGAGAGAGAAAAA